CAGGAGGCUAGCAGAAUCUGUAUGCUGAGCCAGGAUGACCUUGUACCUCACUUCUGCAAUCACUUUAUAGGAUGCACAUUGAAAAUACUUCCAUUGAGAAAUCUGUUAUUAGGAAACUCAUUUCUCAAGUUUCUUAAAGCAAACAAAUUUAUAGCAGCUGCCUUUCAAAGAAAGAAGCAGGAUUGGGUAUUCCAUGGUAAUUUUCUCUGAUUGCAAACAUUCUGGGUGACACAUGAAGAAAGGGAAUACUUGACAGUAUUUGGAAUGAGUAUCAGAUAGGGCCAGAAGUUUUCUAGGCAGCUCAGUCACAACAGUUUUAAGUGAAAAUGAAUUUAAAAAAAAAAAAGAGUUUUCAAAUUCAAAUGAAUUUUCUUGUCUCAUGAGCAUGAAAGAAUGAUAAGACAAAUAGGAAAAGAAGUGGGCAAGAUUCUUCAAGGAAAGGUGUGCCUUGUACCUGUUGCUGAAUUUAUGCUUCCUGCAAAACAGAAUAUGUCAUCCCAGAAGGAAGUCAAGAAUUUUCAAGCUUUCUUUCGUUCCAGACCAGGUGAGAAUGGAGAGCCUGAGGAAGAACACUUUGGCUACAGAGAGUCAGAAUAUCCAGGGGUAGUUACCCCAGGAAACAUUCUUGUAAGAACAUUGCUCCUCUCUAUUGAUCCUGCUCAGAGGUGUCAGAUGAAUGAAGAUACUGGAGUGGACUAUAUCAGCCCCUGGAAAAUAGGGGAGGCAAUCCAGGGACUCGGAGGGCUUGGAGUUGUAUGUGAAUCCCAAAGUAACCAUUUCAAGAAAGGCAAUAUUGUCACAAACAUUGGACUCAAAUGGCCUUGGGAACUCUUCUUUCUCAUGGAAGAGUCAAAUCUCACCCAUGUUGAUGAUAAUGUGAUUAAGAAGGCUAUCCAUCUCCCUCUCUCUUGCAUUGGACUUGUUGGUCUCACUGCUUUGCUUGGAGUCAGGGUAAUGGGACAAAUUUCUCCUAAUGGAACUGAAAAUGUUGUUGUAAGCAGUGCUGCAGGAGCAACAGGAUCUCUUGCUGCUCAAAUUGCUAAGCUUGAUGGAGCAAGGAGGGUGAUUGGCCUUACAGGAAGUGAUCCAAAGUGUGAAAUACUUGUGAAGGAGCUCGGGCUGCAUGGUGCCAUCAAUUACAAGACUGAGAACAUCUUAGCUCGAAUUCAAGAACUAUGUCCUGAGGGUGUGGAUGUUUACUUUGACAAUGUUGGUGGGACGAUCAGUGACCUCAUCAUCAGGCAGAUGAAUCCUGGAGGGCGAAUUGUUCUAUGUGGCCAGAUUUCAACAUACAACCAAGAUGUUCCAUAUCCUCCUCCAAUUUCAGAAGACACUCAGGCAAUCUUGGUUGAGAGAAAUAUUAAGAGAGAUCGCUUCCUUGUCCUCAACUACAUUGAAAAGUUUCCCCAAGCUAUCCAUGAGCUUACUCAGCUUGUUAUGGAAGAUAAAAUCAAGGUGUGUUUGCUUGUGUUCAUUGGAGUAGCAUUCAUUUUUGAAGCAUAUUUAUCACUAAUGUUUUAUCACCAAAUGAUGUUUUUUUGA